UAUAGCAACAUGCAGUUCGUGGUUACUAAGACAAGAAAAAGCGUUCUAACCUUCAAACACAUCAGAGCACACAAUAUCCCAACAUAACAUACAGUCAUGAAGUGCCUGUGGACUUUGCUGCUGCUUCUGUGCACAUGUGACCCAGGAACGUCCGACUGUCAGCGGGACUGUCUCUCCUGCAGCCUGCUGUUCCCAGAGAAACAAUCCUUCAGCUCGCUGGUUUGUCUGGUGGAGUGCGAGACCAAGGACUCACCGGCCCUCAGUUGGGAACUGUGUAGACAAUUUGUGGAGCAGUCGCACUCAUCCUCCUGGCCAGCAGGUGGCACAAUGUUGAAGAGGGCAGAAGAGGAAGUGGCAGCCGUAUUGCCUGCUAACCAGGGAGAUGGUGGGCUAUUGUACUCCGAGGCCCUGCAACGCUUCGACCAUGUGGCGCGGGCACUGGGAACAGCCCAGCUUUCAUAUGGGUCCCAGCAACAUGGGUCCGAAGAAGAGGAAAGAACAGAAAUGGAGGAAGGAGCCAUGGACAAUGAACCCGAGGGGGCCGCCAUCAAUCUCACCAAACGAUUUGGGGGCUUCCUGAAAGGCAAGUAUGGAUACAGGAAGCUGAUGGACCCCAGCAGGUCCAUGCAGAAGCGAUACGGGGGGUUCAUAGGUGUCCGAAAAUCUGCCCGGAAGUGGAACAAUCAGAAACGCUUCAGCGAGUUCCUGAAGCAGUAUCUCGGCAUGAAUACCCGUGCCAGCGAGUUCAACAGUGUAUCGGCGGACAUGACCCAGCAGAACGAGAUGUAGUGCAUGCCCCUUAUCUGACAGGAAGCGCUUCACCACUAGCAAUUAUACAGCACGGCAGCCACAGUCAUUACAAAGGCACAAAAACAAAGUCAUGCAGGUUGAAAGUGUAUAUAGUCAAAGGGCCACUGUUUGUCAUUUCUGUGUCCAUCAUGAAUGCAUCAUUAAAUUACAGAAGCAA